CAGUAGCACUAAGCUACGAAAAAUUGUAUUGAAUAAUUUUUUAAAAAACCGUAUAAUCAAUCUCUGGAACUAUUACAUUUUCGAGAAGUAACACAAAAUGAAGGACCUGGACGAUACUUUGGAUACCCUGGAAAAUGCACGUUUCAAUUAUGUGUAUGUGAAAGCCAUUGCUCAGCUGGGGAAGGACUCGAUCUUUACGUAUAACGAGCUGGUCAGCAUUGUGAUGCUCUACCAUAAGUUUGUCCUGGUCAACGGAUCCAGGGCUAAAUAUAUGACUAUACUGCAACUCACCGUGCUAAUGGAGCUCUUGUUCGAGAUUGUGGAUCGCGACAUUAUUGCGACAAUUGUCUAUAGAAUUGCCCAUACUCCGGGCUCUAGAAAUUCUGACUUUUUCCCAGAUAAACAUGUGCAUUUGGAGGCCUUCGUGAGGCUAUUUACCAUCUAUUUUACCAGAGAUUUGCAGAUGAAGAUGGAGUUUGCCUUCUCGAUCUACGAUAAGUCCGAUUCCAUGCAGUUAUCUGGCGAAGAUGUAGGAUUUUUUGUUUCUAAAUUUUUCGAGAACGAAGAUGAAGACGAAGCCAUGGAGUUGCGAUUGGACAUGAAGGAAAUGCUCUUCCUAAAAUUCGAUCUGGACAAAGAUACCAAUAUUCAGGUGGAGGAAUAUUACGAGGUGGUACGCCGACAGCCAAUGUUGCUAGAGUGUUUUGGUCGUAUCUUUCCCCCCAAUCCUCGCAUGGAGGUCCUUGCUCUUUGCGCCAAUGUUAUGUCCUGGUUUGACGACUCUCCCAAUCCAAGGAUAAUGACAAAACCAGACAAUGGAAAGGGAGUUAUCUGAAGGGAAGCGCUAUACAAAAGAUCCCAAGUGAUAGUAGAUUUUAAAAUUAAAUCGUGUUAAUGUAAAAAAAUGUUUGCCAAUUAGGGAAGACGAAAAGAAACCCAAAGCAACAACAUAACAAAAAUUACAUUUUUGAUUGUAGAUAUUAAUAAAAAAGAUUAAGAUUUAA